UUACAGUGAACGAAACUACUACCAUCAUUAUGAGUUUUGAGUCAAAGGUUGUUAUUGUAACCGGCUCGAGCUCUGGUAUAGGAGCUGCGACUGCUAUUUCCUUCGCUAAAGAGGGUGCUGACGUUGUUGUAACAGGAAGAAACGAAGAGAAACUACGAAAAGUUGAAACACAGUGUGCAUCAUUCGGACGAAGCCCGCUUGUUAUAAAAGCAGAUGUCACAAACAAUAAUGACGUGAAAAAAAUUAUCGAAGAAACGAUAAAACGGUUCGGUAAACUUGAUAUUUUAGUGAACAACGCUGGAAUACUGCGUAACGGUACUCUGGAAAAUGGUGAUGCAUUAAAAGUGUACGAUGAAGUAAUGGAAACCAACGUUCGCGCUGUUGUGAAUUUAACCAAUCUAGCGGCUCCCUAUCUAAUAGCUAGCAAAGGAAACAUAGUGAACGUUUCAAGUGUAGGAGGAAGACAGAUACGCGAUGGUGAUUACACAGCUUACUCUAUGUCGAAAGCAGCCUUAGAACAUUUCACCAGAGGUGCAGCUAUAGAACUAUCAAAACAUGGAGUAAGAGUGAACAGCAUGAGCCCUGGACCGGUUAAAACUGAUUUAUUCAUCAAUGCUGGAAUAAAUUUGCCAUAUGAAGAAAUAGGCUUUAAAACUCUUCUUAAUCGAUGGGGAGAUCCUGAAGAAAUUGCAGAUAUUAUUCUGUUUCUAGCCAGCGAUAAAGCCAAAGGUGUUACUGGUUCUAAUUACACUUCGGAUAAUGGCUAUUUAUUACUUAAAUAUUAAAUUUAUUAUAUUACGUAUAUAUGAGUUUAUGGAGUCAUGGACAUGACACUUUGUGUGUAAAUUUAUUGUAUUUUCUUUACAAUAGUGUUGAUUUAUUAAGAAUAAUUUGCUAUGUAUUAUUAUUAUUAUAUAUACUAUAUUAUAAACGUCAUCGUUAAUAAAGUUGAGUGUUGAGUU